AUGUCCAAUAAACCAGAGAUUAAAGGAGACGGGCCGGUCAAAGACAUUGUACUCGCAGCAGACGAGGGCCGCCUCGAUGUUAUCACAGCGCUCUUGGAAAGCGGAAUAGAUCCAAAUACUGUCGACGAGACUGGGACCUCAGCUCUCCAUAAUGCAGCGAGAAGAGGACAUUGGCACACUGCGCGUCUCUUGCUGGAAAAGAAGGCAUCGCCUCGAAUCCAGGACGGUAAUAACGCAACCCCGCUCCAUCACGCUAUCAGGGCCGGCCAUGCACAGAUUGUUCGCCUCUUCCUCGAAUGUGACCCCUCACUAUCCGACUAUAAGGAGGGUGUUUCAUAUGGGCCGAUCCAUGUUGCCGCAGUGAAAGGUUAUGCUCGUAUUGUUCAAUUGCUUGUCGACUACAAUGCUCCCACCCUGGAGGAAAGCGCGAGUGGACAGACCGCUCUGCAUCUCGCCGCUGAGAGGGGACAUCAUGAUGUCUGCGAGAUCCUCUUGAAGCAUGAUAAACAGCUUCCUCGAUCAGCUUGGGACCGUCUGUUUGGGCCCAGCUUGGAGGUCCACGCGAAGGAUGAGGUAGGAAAUACGGCUUUUGCAUUGGCGGUGGAGAAGGGCUUUCACCAGACUGUCGAUGUCUUCCUACGCUAUCAUCCGGAGUUGGCCAAUACGAGCAACCGCUGGAAAGAGUUGAAUUUCCAUUUAGCAGUCGAGUCCGGACAUAUUAAGACUGUUGAAGCAUUCUUGAACAAUGGCGCGAACGUCGACAUGAAAGGGAAAGAGGGGCGCCGAGCUCUUCAUGUUGCUGUGGCCAGGCACUCGUUAGGGUAUUCCAUCGACGGUAAAGCUGACGCGAUGAUCGACUGUCUCCUUGAGCAUGGGGCCAUCGCUAAUGCGAAGGAUAAUCAUGGCAAUUUGCCAGAAUAUCACAGCUCUGACCCGAAGACCAGAAUGAAAUUACGGAAUCAUGCAACCGCGCAGGUCUCAGGGAAGCCCGUUCCUCCGGCGCCUACCAGUAUAAGCUCAGCCCCACCGCCUGCGUAUAAAGCAUAA